GCGGCCGGUUCCUCCCAGCACCCUCACGGUUCAGAGGGAAAGCUUUUCUUCUCACAGCAGCAGCGGGGAUUUUUCGGACUGCACACGCCGGAUAUUCAUCACACCAAAAAACGCACUCACGACUGAACGCGACGAGAGCAGAAGGACACUUUCCCGGGUCGUGUAUCCCUCCACGUCCCACCUCUCAGCUUUAGGCCACCGUUUCUUUCUUUAAUUUCUAUACAAAAUAUUUCUUCGUACGUUGUCCCCCUCCCGACUGGCUCUCAGUGGCGCACUCAGCUCUCUUUUGCUGACAUGGUAGAUUAUCACGCUGCUAAUAAUCAAUCCUCGACCGAGGGUGUGCAGAUAUACAUGGAGCAAGAGAAUGAUUGGGACCGGGACCUGCUCCUGGACCCGGCCUGGGAGAAACAGCAGAGAAAGACGUUCACGGCGUGGUGCAACUCCCACCUGAGGAAGUCCGGCACGCAGAUUGAAAGCAUAGAGGAAGACUUCAGGGAUGGGCUCAAACUGAUGCUGCUGCUGGAGACCAUUUCAGGUGAACGGUUAGCCAAGCCUGAGCGAGGCAAGAUGAGGGUCCACAAGAUCAACAACGUGAACAAAGCCCUGGACUUCAUCGCCGGUAAAGGAGUGAAACUGGUCUCCAUUGGAGCAGAGGAGAUCGUGGACGGAAACGCCAAGAUGACCCUGGGAAUGAUCUGGACCAUCAUCCUCCGCUUCGCCAUCCAGGACAUCUCUGUGGAAGAGACCUCUGCCAAGGAGGGUCUUCUCCUUUGGUGCCAGAGGAAGACCGCUCCCUACAAGAAUGUCAAUGUGCAGAACUUCCACAUUAGCUGGAAGGACGGUCUGGCCUUCAACGCUCUGAUCCACAGACACAGACCCGACCUCAUCGACUACGACAGCCUCAGAAAGGACGACCCUGUGACUAACCUGAACAAUGCCUUCGAGGUGGCUGAGAAGCACCUGGACAUCCCCAAGAUGUUGGACGCAGAAGACAUCGUGGGUACGCUGCGGCCGGAUGAGAAGGCCAUUAUGACCUAUGUGUCCUGCUUCUAUCACGCCUUCUCUGGCGCUCAGAAGGCUGAGACAGCCGCCAACCGUAUCUGCAAAGUGCUGGCUGUCAACCAGGAGAACGAGCAGAUGAUGGAGGACUACGAGAAGCUGGCCAGUGAGCUGCUGGAGUGGAUCCGCCGGACCAUCCCCUGGCUGGAGAACCGGACCCAGGAGAAGACGGUGACUGACAUGCAGGCCAAGCAGGAAGACUUCAGAGACUACCGCUGCGUCCACAAACCCCCCAAGGUCCAAGAGAAAUGCCAGCUGGAGAUCAGCUUCAACACUCUGCAGACCAAACUGAGACUCAGCAACAGACCUGCCUUCAUGCCGUCAGAGGGACGCAUGGUGUCUGACAUCAACGGAGCGUGGUACACUCUGGAGGGAGCAGAGAAGGGCUACGAGGAGUGGAUCCUCAGCGAGAUCAGACGUCUGGAGAGACUGGAGCAUUUGGCCGAGAAGUUCCACCAGAAGUCUAAAAUCCAUGAGUCCUGGACCGACGGUAAGGAGGCCAUGCUGACCCAGAAAGACUACGAGACUUGCACCCUGUCCGAAGUCAAGGCGUUGCUACGGAAACACGAGGCCUUUGAGAGCGACCUGGCGGCCCAUCAGGACCGAGUGGAGCAGAUCGCCGCCAUCGCACAGGAGCUCAACGAGCUGGACUACUACGACUCUGCCAGCGUCAACGCUCGCUGUCAGAAGAUCUGUGAUCAGUGGGACAGCCUGGGGGCCCUCACCCAGAACCGCAAGGAGUCUCUGGAG